CUUUAUGACACUCGGCAACUGGUGACAGUCACUCCCGCCAACAUGGCAGAUGAGGACGAAGACUAUUUCUUACCGGUGCAGGAUCAGCGUGUGUUCGGUGCAGGCAUCAAACGCAAGCGUAUCGCAUUCGUGCCCGCUUCAUCGUCAGAGUCUUCUAUCCCUAGUACUACCAAACCACAGGAAUCGACGAACAUCGCGUCCCGCUAUCUCUCGAUCGUCUUACCCAAAGAGAGUCGCAAAGUAGAAGAGCCUGACGAGAAAGAAUUAGAGCAGGUGGCUACAGAAAUAUGCCCAGUGUGCAAGCAACCUCUAUCUUCGUCAGACGAUACUGUCACUACCAUAGACACUCAUGCCCACGAAUCCUCAAUAGCGCAUCAAGUUUGUCUCCAGCACAUACAUCCUCCCUCACAUCUGGACAGAGAACAUGUUGGAGUCAAAUACCUGGAGGCCUACGGGUGGGAUCCGGACAGCAGGGCUGGCCUGGGUGCCCGGCAGGAGGGUAUUCGCAUUCCCAUCAAACCGAAAGAGAAGCAUGAUACUGCCGGUCUCCGAGAGAUCGUGGAAGAUGACGGCAGAGGCACGAAGACGAGGAUCAAAGUGAAAAAGGAGGACAGGGUCAUCAGACUUGAUGCCAAAAAAGUCCGAGUCAUGGAAAUGGAGGCAAAGAAACGCGCAGAGAAAUUUCGGAAGUCGUUUUACGGUCCGGAUCUAGAAAAGUACUUGGGACCCAACAGCUGAUGCAUCCGAUGCACAACGCAGUUUUGCUCUAUGUUCAGGAGGAACGCCACCUGCCUACGACGCCACGCUAAGUCUUGAAAAGCAUAGGCUAGUGCUUCUUGAAUAACCCGAGGUGGUGUUUCUUCUCUUUUUUCAGCUUUCCGGAGCCCUC